AUGGAGCGCACGGCUGAUCAGCGCAUUCGCACGACGGAGUGGGAGGACGUGCAGUACCGGUAUGGAAACCGCGUCGGCAAGUAUAAAGCACAUGAACUGGAGAUACUAGCCCAACAAAUUGCCGACACGAGCCAAAACACGUGCCUCACAGCCUAUGACCCCCAGGCGGAGAAAGUCGCAGCCAAGCUUGAGCGUGGAGGGUACGCGUACGACAAAGGCGGCGAAGCGGAAGGCACCAGCUUCAUUGUGGACUCGGACGACGAGGACGAAGCGCUGGCCGCUAUCCGGCGAAGACGUCUGAUGGAGCUGCAGCGGCAGAAGGCGGUGGAGCGCUUUGGGGUACUACGGCACAUCCCUGGCGCAGACUACGUCGCAGAGGUGACAGAGGCAUCUUCGUCGUGUUGGGUGGUGGCGGCGCUCAUCAAGCCGGGCCACAGCGACUGUGAGGCACUGUUGACCGUGCUUCGCACGGUGGCACAGCGGCACCGAUCGGUCAAGUUCGUUUCGAUGGUCUACACCGAGGCAAUCCCUAACUUUCCCGCCGGCCUCCUUCCGUGCGCGCUGCUAUACAAGGACAAAGAGUUGAAGAGGCAGAUCACUGGACUGGCCGACUGGCAGGCCCGGAAGAAGUUGAGUCUUGCUACAGUCGAGCAGAUGCUUUCCCUCAACGGCGUUCUGCCGCCUAUCGAGGACGACGGAAUCGAGGAAGCCGUCGAGAAGGAUGAAUAA